AUGGGUGCACAGAACAAUAUUGAUGAGAUUAAUACUAAAAUUUCUGCGAUUAAAGAUGUUUAUGAAAACAUUCAGUAUAAUAAACGAAUAUGUAUUUCAUUAAUGGAUCGCAUUGAUUUUGUAGAAUUAUUCGCUGUUACUGGAAAUUUACAAAGAAAUAAUAAGAUGUUUAACGAUUUCAAAUCUCUCGUUCAAAUUUUAAACAGGACGGAAAUUUUUAUGAAAAAUAUCUCUCAUUUACAAAGUUAUAUUAUUCAUAAGGAUUCAUUCGAAAUAAACUUUAACGAACUCAUAAAUGAAUUUUCGGCUGUAUCCCAACAGACACAACAAGUAAACGUUUGGAAUGAUGAUGGUAAAAAAAGUUUUGAACAAGAUUCUGAGCAAAUGAAUGAGUUUAUUGAAGAAAUUAGAAAAAAUAAAAUAAUUGAUAUUGAUAGUAUCGCUAAAACAAUUGAAACCCUAAAAAAGCCUAUUAAAAACCAAACAUCUGAUUUUGAAUCCUUCAAUAUAGCACACGAGAAAUUGAUUGAUCCCUUUAUUGAAAUGGCUAACACUUCAUGUCAGGAUAUACCAGAUGUUGAGGAAACAGUGCGAGAAAAUUUUGAUUCUUUACCCAAUUUAAUGCAAGACAAAGGAUUAGAAAGUGAUGCUAAAACACUAUUUGGAGAUUAUCAAAAUAUAAUUCUGGGUGCAUGGCAGCAAGAAUCGUGUAAUAGAUUAUCUUGGGCACAAAUUUAUCCAUCAAUUACAAAACUUAAGUCAAAAGUACCUAAUGGUCACUUUAUAAAAUAUAAUCCUUUAAUCAAUAAGACUAAUAUAAGAGAAAGACGACCUAGCGUGACAGAAGAACAAAAUACAAAAUAUAUACCAUUUGAAAAAUUAAUUACCAUGGAAAAAAUUGAUGAAAAAACUUAUGUUGCAAAAAAAGCAUUCAACUUAGAUUCGAGCGAUCAUGUCUUUUGCAAGGAAUUUGAUAACAAAUAUGAAGAGUUCAUACGAGAAUUAGAUAUUAUGAAACGUUUAGGAGUGCAUGAAAAAAAUGUAAUUGAAUUCAUAGGUAUUAGUGAAGCAAAUGUAUUUAUUACAGAUAAAGAAAACAAUAUUUAUUAUCUUAUAAUGGAGUAUGCAGAGGAAGGUGAUUUAAGGCAUUAUUUAGAAAAAAAUUCUUCGAACUUGAAAGAUUUUAAGAAGCAACUACGGCUAGCCCUUGGUAUUACAAAAGGCUUGAUGUAUUUGCAUCAUAAAAAAAUUCUUCAUGGAGAUUUGCAUGAUAAGAAUGUUGUAAUCUCUCACGGAGAUGCUAAAAUAAUAGACUUUGGAAAAUCGAUGCAUGCCAACAACCAAAAUAAUAAUACACUUUUUGGAUGUCUUCCUUUUAUGGCACCUGAAUUAUUCAAGGACCUAAAUAAUAUCGAAUAUACAGAUAAAAGUGAUAUCUACAGUCUUGGAGUGAUACUUUGGGAGCUGACCAGUCGUCAUGAACCUUUCAGAUAUUUUAAAUGCAAUCCUCAAGAUUUAAAAUCAAAGAUUAUAAAAGAUAAAUUGAGAGAAAAGAAUGUGCCUGGAACUCAUGAUGAUUAUCUUAACCUUUAUAAAAGUUGUUGGGAAGAUAACCCAAGUAAAAGACCAAAACUUCAAAAUGUUUAUACUAACUUAGUGAAAAUAAGCAAUGAAAUCAAGACCAAGCCAGGUACGAUUACAUUAAUCAAUAUAGUUUUAUUUACCAAGUUUCAAGCUGACAAUUUCUUUGGAACUAGUAUUCUCGCCUAUUGUAACAGUGAAUUGGCUUCUGAAGCAUCUUACAAUAUCGAUUGUUUUAGUCAUUUG